CAUAACAUAAUGUAGGUGCCUAAGGUGAUCAUGGAAUUCGAUAUAUCUCAUCCAACCUGCGAAUGUGAAUCUUCACCUUCUCCAACACUAAGAUACCUCGUCAAUAUGAUAACGACAAAAAAGGUGUCGAUGAGACCAAAACUAACAAUUAUAGCGACACACCCUUACACUCAUCUUAAACGUACGCUAUGUAUUUAAACCUCCCCUCCCCUAUCCUUCUUGCCCACCUUGAAGAAGACAAACGGUUAUGAUAACUUAGCAACACUCGUGCGGCAACACUCCUAUAUCUUCAUAUAAGAAGCAUUCACUCCUAUCUAUCAAACGUCCCUGUAGCGUUAUUAACAUGAUGGAUCAGCCGCGUCGACCACCGUCCUGUCCCCCGCAACCAGAAGAAAGCAAGGCCACCGUCAAAAACAAUGCCACCGACAACAAGGACAAUUCUGGUAUUUACCGAGUCCCUGAGCAACGAUUUGGUAUGGGAAAACGACAGGACAGCUUUGCAAGCGAUAUUGCUGGUGGCUCGGAGGAGAAAGAUGCUUUCCGCCAGGCUAUUGCUGACCGAAAAGCCAAAGGCCUAGACAUAGCCCCCCCUGAGAGUCCCUUCGCUCAACAGAGCAACGAAUACCAUAAAAGUAGCAAGGCGGCUUCAAAGGCCUUGGAAGAAUGGAGGAGGCGUCAGGCUCCUGGUCCAGAUAAAGUGCAGUUAGCUAAUGAUGUUGCCCAAGCAUACAGACAAGAGGCAAACGACCGUCAAGAUAUGAGAACUAACUGGCCCGGCUACGAUACCUACACCGGAACAAAAGGGCAUGCGAAGAGAAUCGAACGAGUCAAUGACACAGCAGACGAAUUCGAGGACAAGAGUGAAUAUGGACAAGGUUGGUAG